ACACACACACACACACACACACACACACACACACACACACACACACACACACACACACACACAGACACACACAGACACCAAGGCAAAAAGCGCUGUCCGACGCCGCGGUACUUUGAGAGAAACAUGGGAUCCGCAGGACACGUCUGCUCGGUGCUGCUGGUCGUAGGUCUGCUGGGGCUCCAUCACUCCUCGGGAUUCUGGAUCGUCAACGUCAUCUUCCCGCCAAACGCCAAAUCCAUAUCCAUAGUACCAAGCAACAGCACUCCGCCGCUCCUCAUCGUGCCUGGGAACUUGGGGAACCGUCUGGAGGCUAAGAUAGACAAGCCGACACUGGUCAGCUGGAUGUGUUACAAGAAAACCAAGCACUGGUUCCCGCUGUGGAUCGACCUCAACAUGUUCAUGCCUAUAGGUGUAGACUGCUGGAUUGAUAACAUUAGACUUGUUUACAACAGAACGACUCGGCUAUCAUCCAACUCACCAGGGGUGCAGGUGCGGGUGCCAGGAUUUGGGCAGACAUAUCCCAUUGAGUUUCUUGACUCUAACAAACUGGCUGGUUAUUUUUACACUAUGGUGCAACAUUUGGUCAACGUGGGCUACACCCGAAACGAGACAGUCCGAGGAGCGCCGUACGAUUGGAGAUUAGCUCCUAAUGAGAAUGCGGAGUAUUUCACAAAGGUGCAAGACCUGGUGGAGGAGAUGUACGAGCAGUACCAGAAGCCUGUCUACCUCCUGGCACACAGCAUGGGCUGCCACUACGUCCUCUACUUCCUCAACCACCAGCCUCAGGCCUGGAAGGACAAGUACAUCCAGGGCUUCAUUUCCCUGGCAGCUCCAUGGGGGGGCGCUGUUAAACCACUUAGAGUCAUGGCAUCAGGUGAAAAUGACGGCAUCCCGAUGAUUUCCAACAUCAAGAUCCGCGAGGAGCAGAGGAUGACAACAACUAAUCCCUGGAUGCUGCCGUCUGAGAUGGCAUGGCCAAAGGACCACGUGUUCAUCUCAACACCGACCUUUAACUACACCAACCAGGACUACCAGCGCUUCUUCACGGACAUCAAUUUUGAGGACGGCUGGCACAUGUGGGAGGAUACCAAGAACCUAACCAGUGAUCUCCACCCACCCGGUGUCGAGGUGUGGUGCAUGUACGGUGUGGGGCUUCCAACCCCAGUGACAGUGAUUUACGACGAAGACUUUCCCAACGUGGACCCGGUGGACUUUGUUUACGCCGAUGGGGACGACACGGUGAGCAGCCUCAGCAUGAGCCUCUGCAAUCGUUGGCAGGGGCAGCAGGAGAAGCCCGUCCAUGUUACGGAGUACCGGGGGCUGGCCCACCUGGACAUAGUGUUCCAUGAAAAGGUGCUCAACCAAAUCCAGCUCAUCCUGGAGGGCAUAUCAGACACGCCCAACGAGAUAGACGUCCGAUCUGAAACUAACUAGAGGGCAACAGCAUUUAAGAGUAAAAAAAUAAUAAUAAACACACAGAGUGCUGAACUCUUUACAUAGCUGACUUUUGAGUUUGUUCAACUGUCAGGCGUAAAAACACAUUCCACAUAUGUCCAACAUUUAUAAGUAACCGCUCUUAACCCAAAUUACAGUUCUAAACCAAUCCUGGCCAGCAACAGAUUUAAACCUGACCCCCCAGCCCAUAACCAUGACACCCUUAUCUCAACUGCUGAUGGCUUGCGGUGUGGGUUUGACCCUGAUUUGUUUAUUUCAAUAUCUUGCAUAGUUCCAUAUUCCUUAUAUUUGAGAGUGAUCAUGCUGACAGUGGUAAACAAAGUACGCAUUACUAAUUACUAAUAUAAUAGUUUUUUGAAUGAUGGUUCAUUUAAUGUUGUAGUUUUCUCGCAGUCCAUUCAGGCAACUUCAAAUAGUGUUACAUACAGUACAUCUUUUCAAAAAUACACAAUCCUGCUGUUUACUUUUGAUGGAUGAUCACUUCAUUAUUAUUUUCAAAGGGCCCACAAUGACACACAUGUAUCAUAUUCCAUUGCUAGUUAGAGUGUGACUUUAACUAAAAUGUUAUAAGGACCUUACCAGUAGACCUUUGUAUUGUAUUUGAUGUAACUGUAAUAUUUCUAUUAGGAUUUAUAUUUGUAUCUGUAUGAAAUAUUUUUGAAUAAAAUAUAUAAUAAGGCUCAUAUACAGUAGUUUAUAGUUGCACAUUAAACUGGCGAUGUGAAUGUAUACUGUUCUGUGAAUGCCAGACGGAUUUGAAUGUUUCCACUUCUAAUAAAGCAUCUCAUGUUUCCACUUCUAAUAAAGCAUCUCAUGUUUCCACUUCUAAUAAAGCAUCUAAUUUCUCAAAA